AUGCCUGAGGAUGGUGAAGGGAGUCCAGAGUGGUCUCCGCGAUCCACCAAUGUCUUUCCAACCGUCUUUGCGACCAUCGGCCAGACAUGUGUAUCAACACAAUGGCCGACGUUGCUCUCCGACACCGGUGCAUGGGCUCAAGCAAUGCAGCGCAUGCAUCGUAACCAAAUACUGCGGAAGAGCUUGCCAGAGAACGACUGGGACUCUCACAAACACCAAUUGUCUCGCUACACAAGUCACGCUGCGGCUGCAUCCGCCAUACGAGACUGGGCCUACCUACACGAACACACGAUCACGCUCGCCGCCAACGCCACUGCUCACCUCGCGCCGUACGGAGAUGGGCUCAUCGACCAAGACCCGAGGACCUGCACCGUCCGAGACAUCCUCGACUCCGCCGCCUACCUCUCCAUCGAGCUCGUCGACACCGGAAAACCCCCCACGGCCAGUCCCCACGGCGUCCCGACCGAGAACGCCCCGUUCUGGAACGAGGCGCAGGAAGACCGCUUCCAGACGACGCGCGGGCGGCGGGAGCGCGAGGUCGCGAUCCGCACGCCGGACGACGCCGGGAAGAUCCUGGGCUUCUUCCCCGUCGAGUUCUUCGUCGCGCGCCUGCGCACGACGGUCGUCCGCGCGUACCCGAUCUACCCCUGCGUCGCGCGAGGGGUGGCGAGGAGCGGCCGACGAAGCGCGAGAUGGCCGUGCUCGAGACGUCUUCCACAUGUUCACGUCGCUCUUGCGAGCACCGGCGACCCAGCUAUCAUCGUGCGCCCGCCGCGGGACCCGAGGAGGGGGUUGCUCGUGGGCGGACAGAUGGUGCGCGGUCGGGGGAAGAGGUGGGUGUACGAGGAGCACGAGUACUUCAACUGGGAGGCGAUGCGGACUCCGCAGACGGAGCGGUACUUCAACAGCGGCUUCGGGGUGUACGACCUGUUGGUGGUGCCACCAAAUUCAACGAACUUUGGACUCGGAUCUCGCUUCUUCACGCGGUGGGGAGGCUUGCAUGUGCGGACUGUGCUCUGUUCAUACCUCCCGCACUGCCCAUGCACCAGCUGGCGCGAUGGUAACCCUGCUGCCUACAUGACGAAACGGUGUUUAUCGUCCACAGCUCUGAGCUCACGCUCUCGCCCGCUGAAGGAAUGCAGCGGAUGCGUGACGACGAAGUACUGCAGUCGUAGCUGCCAGCGAACCGACUGGCCUCUUCACAAGGCAGUCUGCGUCCCGACGAAGCGAGAACCUCAACUGUGUUCUGAGAACGUCUUAUCCCGCUAUUCAUGUCAUUCUGCCGCUGCUUCAGCCAUCCGUGACUGGCUUGAGAUCCACGAGCAUACACUUGUGGUCGCCGCCAACGCGACUAGCCACAUGCAGCCCUACGUCGAAGGGAUCAUCGAGUCAAGCCCGGGAAAGGCCACAGUGCAAGACAUGAUACGAUGCGGUGGAUACCUCUUCUUCACUCUCGCCGACACAAGCAACCCUCCCACGACCAGUCCGGCAGCCUCGUUCGCGCUCACCUUCGAGGAAGUCAUCUCCCACGGCUUCGAGGCUGACCAGAUCCCCGUAUGGCCUCACGACCAGUGGCGGAGCAUCGGGCGCCUUCGCGAGGCGCAAGCAGCGGCGUUUCAAGCGCGCCACCCUGAACGCGCCGGGUCUGUGAUAGGCUUCUUCCCCGUGGAGUUCGUGGUCCCCGAGCUCGGCGUGGCGGUCGUGCGCAUGUACCCGAUCUACCGCCUCCGACGGGCUGGGCCUGGCCGGUCGGACAGCGACAGACUGUCGACAGGCGAAUUGGCGGUGCUCAACGACGUGUCCAACGUCUUCAAGAUGAUCCUCUCCACCGCUGGCGGACCCGAGGCGAGGGCCGCCGCUCACGGCUGGUCUCAUGAUGCACGUGCCAAGCUGGGAGACGAAGUGGGUGUUCCAUGA